AUGGCGAAUGAUUUGCAAAAAGCGAUCGAUGAGUUGGAACAGUUUUCCGCAAUUUUAAAAAAUGCUAGCGAACUGUAUGCUUCGGCGAGUAAGUUGGUGAAGUAUUGUCUGCCUCAUCGGACACUCCAAGAUUUAAUCCAAACUGUUUGGCAUGCCGAACUUCAACCAGACAAAAAGCAAAAAAUUCGCAAAGAGAUCCGAGAUAUUGUACAACGGGUCUCAACAAAUACUGCUAGUGCAAUUAAGGCAUAUGCUAAUGAGAAAAGCGUGAAUGUCAAUCUAGAAACUAAGGAUUUAUGGGAAUUAUAUGACAAAUGCAGCGGAGAGGAACUUGCGGACGUGCUUUUGAACUGCCUUUUUCUGUUUCAUACAGUAUAUAACAUCAGGUCCAUUCCAUAUUUAUUUUCAUUAGAUGAAGUGGACGAAUUUAACAGGAUUUACCAUGCUGCCAAACAACUUUUGGAUCAAAGAGAAAUGGACGAUUUAAAGAGGAAGUUACCAAAAGCAGUUUUGGAAAUGUAUGAACAGAAAAUACUAUCCAAUAAAGAAACAAGUUCGAUUUUUGCGCAUAAAACAUUUUUGUUCGCACAAGAAGUUCCGAAUACCGAGAGGAUUGAUACUGAAGAAUUUGCCAAAAAGUUCACAGAAGCUUUAGAGAAACUCAUUAAUAAAGGCACAAUCUGCGAUUUCGACAUAUUUGAAAUGCGUAAACUUGUCGAAUUCGAUUUGAUUGGAAAAUUUGACCUUACCCUUUUCAAAAAGGCAUGCAGUAUUUUACCCAAAAUGCAAUCAGCAUCUGAUUUUCGCAUUGCUGGUGAAUUUUUGAAAAUUUUGAAGUGCAUUGCAUCUAGUCAUAACGAUUGGGGUACAAUAAUGACAUAUUUUUAUGGAGAAUUCCGAGAAGUAAACGGUGAUCUAAAGACUUUCAAACAGUUCUAUCAGAAUUUCGAAGAAGACAUGAGAAAUCUUUUCAUCUACCUUGAGGAUCACACACAGCUUCAUACGAAUCAAAUUAAAUUGGAAAAAGCAGUUGAUGAAUGCGCGUGGCUUUUAAUAAUUUCGCCUGUCGAAACGUUGAUAUUACUUUUUCUGCAAUGUUUGGAGAAUAUAUUAAUGGUACCAAAUCUUGUUAGAAUUUUGCGUAAACUGCCGGAAUAUUGUGAUAUUGAAUUGGAAGCAAUGUUUGAGGCGGACAGAUGUACUAAGUGUAAAACACCAAUUUUGAUGCUUGCAUUGAGACAUAUUUUGACUGUGGAACGAUCAUCUAUACAAUCUGAUGCAAAGCGUCGAAAUUUCAUUUACUUAUGUGUUGCAUUAUGUCGUGAACGUCAUAUAUUAUUGAAAGAUGGCAAAAACGAAGCAGGAAAUGAAGAUGGUUCAGAAGCUUCUAUGGCAUUUUUUGGUGGCAUUGUUGAUUUUGCUCUUGUGGAUGGUUCUAUUAUACUGAAUCAUCUUGUUCUACCUGCACUAAAGCAAGUGUUUUACCAGGAAAUUGCAGUAGAAAUUGGAAAGAAAUUACUAACAUCUGUUGGUGCACGACGUACUCCGAUAAUAUGGAAAACUGAAGAAGGUAUAAAAUUGGGUAAUGAUGAAGUUGCAAUCAAGAACAAUUCUGGAGUUUCCAUUCUGCAGUUGAUUUCGGUUUUGCUAAACAUAAUACAUGAAAACAAAGACUUCGACGAUUAUGCGCUUCUUGAUUCUUGCCAAAAUUGCUUGCGGUUACUGGGUGAACGACUUAGAGAAGAUGGUUUGGUUAUAGAAACAAAUGCAUUUGAUACUUUGCUUAUUUGCUUUGAUAAGUCAUUAUGGGCUUACAGAUAUGCUGUAGCCUCUUGGUUUUACAAAUGCCUCGCAUCUUACAGAAGGGAGAUCCCGCCUUUGCUUUACGAGGCCUUGAAGGAAGAAAACAGAGAAACAUUGAAAGCGGUGAAAAUUGGUACAGAUGAUAGCGAUAUUUCUGGUCGCAGUGUUCUGCGAAAACUUUUUGAGUUGGCAAUUAUUCAUUCUGAGCUAGCUUUGGAUAUAAUGAAAGGGUUUUCAACAUCAGUAAGUAUUGUUGGACACGACGUUUCGGGUGCACUUGUGGACGUUCUCCGAGAUCAUAACAAAUUUCCCAGUAACAAAAUAGUUGGCUUGGUAGAAGUCAUUAGAGUAAUUGUAAAUCAAAUCGAUCUGUCUCGUCAAAUAGUAUCUUUACUUACAGAGAUUUCGGAGAGUUCAUUUUAUGGUCUUCGAUUAAUCGAACCGUUGCUAUUAAUUCAGGAAGCUGUAAUUUGUGCAAUACAUUAUGAUAGAAAAAGUACAGAAGACUUGGCUGCAGUACCGUUUGAUGUUUUGGAAAUCGAAAAUCAAGUAGCAAUAAGAUUAUUGAAAUUAUUUUGUGAACUCGCAAAAGAUCAUAUACAGAAGGAAAUGAUCGAUUUACGCAGAAGUUGUAUAAAACACAAAGUUGAAAUCAAAGAACCAAAGCCGAUACUUAGUGAUGUAAAUAUUAAUCGUGAAAUACGUGUUGAAACAGAACUAAUCCAACUUUAUAUUGCAGCGGUUGUUCUCACAAAUCAUAUUAUUGGACUACCGCCUUAUUUGAAAAUAUUGUUGGUGCAACUGACUAAUUUCCACAUUGAAAUGGGAAAAAUGAAACUUGGUCCGGCCUUUAAUGAAAUUAUCAAUAAAGCCUUGCUGGACCAUGAUGCAAAGGAGGAAACGAUAGAUAGCAAGCAUCAUUUUGAGAAGUUUUAUGUUGUUUCUGAUUCUGACCAGGGGUUGGCUUCAUCAAAGGUGAAUAAUUGUUCGGCUUCAGCUCCACCGACCUUCGCCAUUUCAAGCAUUGGAUUUGAAACGAAUAAAAUGAUCGACAUCACAGAUGCAACCGUUGAAGCGAUCCGAGAUUCAUUGAAUGAGCGCCUUUCAGAAACAUCUGAACAGAAUGCCAUCUUUAUGGCCAGUACGCGGAUGAUAAAAGAUCGGGAAAUGUCAACGAUAAUAGAAAACCAUUUACGUCACAACAACAGAAACAAUGGACGAAGAUCAGUUGUGCCAAAGUCAAGACAUGAAGCUUUACCGCAAUUAUCGGAGGCGGACAAUAUACACGUUGGGAAUGAAAAUCCUCACUUGGACGGUCGAGAUAAUGCAAACUGUAGACGAAACAACAAUAAUUGCAAAGUCCACAGUAAUAGUUUUCGUCGCAAAAAUAAAAAACGCAAAUGA